AGAUAUACUUAUAAUAAUUUUGAUUUUUUAAUUUGAUUUAUGAAAGUAAAGAAGUGAUUAUCUUGGAGGGAAUUAUUGAAGAGCUCUUUUCCUAGUUGGCUGGGCAGUCUCCCACAGACUUCUUUGUAGAGCUGAAAAAAGUACGUGCAUUUGGUAGAGAUUUAAAAAUGAAUGACAGUGUUCCAGAACAAAGAGAGAAUCAUCCUUCUGCAAUAUUAGAAAAAUAUUCAGAUGAAGCCUUUGACAUAUUACAGGACUUCUGCAAUUACAGAGAAUGUCAAGACCAAAAGUUUUUGAUAGAUACCACAGAUUUAGAAAAAGUAAAAAAGGUAAACAGGAUUAGUGAAGAAAUUAUCUACUGUAUAAAAGGGCAUUGAUACUUUAAAAGUUUGAAAUUAAUUUGUUCAAAUAGGCUGUUGUCUCUGGGGUUGAUGAGCCUGAGAGUGGAUGUUUCCAUGGGAAAUGAACAAAUUAUUCAGAAAGAAAACUGAUAUUAAGAAAAAUUUUGUAACAAUGUAAAAGUUUUGGUUUUCAUUAAAGGGUGUAAUAAAGUUAGGCACAAUAACUUAUUGUGGGGGAAGUAAUCAGUGGUAACAAGGUGUGAUGUUUCUCCUGGAAACCAAAUGUUGAAAUCUGCACUGCAGUUGCAAAUCACUGGUAGGAAAAGCACAAUGACUUUUUAUCUAUCGGUCAUUGCUAGAACAAUGGUAGAACAUAGCUUUCCUUCACGAAGAGAAGCUGGCUUUGUGAGUCAGACACCUUAGAUGCAGGUCAGUGACUGCUAUGGAGAUGCAUCCUCGAGCCCUGGAGAAGCUGACCUACCCUUGAAGCUACCCAACGCAAGAUGGCGUACUGAUGACCUAACAGGAUUUUGGUUUUCAGCACAGGUUAUUAUGUAUCAUCAAAUGUACAUUGUAAAUAUAAAGAUUAUGUAUGCAAAGGUACAGUUGUCCCUUAAAAUAUAACUAUAGGAUUUACAAUCUCACGAGGCUGAAACACUAAAUGCACAGAAGAAAUUAAAAGAAUUAUCAUUUUUGAUGUUCUACUAAAUAAACUGAUUAAAUCAAAAGCCAUGCACAAAACUACCUCCCCAGAGAAAGACUGGUCCCUUUUCCUCCCCAUCCACUUUAUUAUGAAUAUAGUAGAAAAUAGCCCCUUCUUAUCAAACUUGAUGAAAAGUGCCAACACGUUUGAGUUGAAGUAUGACUUUUCAUGUGAACUCUACAGAAUGUCCACAUAUUCAACUUUCCCCGCUGGUGUUCCUGUCUCAGAAAGGAGUCUUGCUCGUGCUGGUUUCUAUUACACUGAUGUGAAAGACAAGGUCAAAUGCUUCUGUUGUGGCCUGAUGCUGGAUAACUGGAAACAAGGAGACAAUCCUAUUGAAAAGCAUAAAAAGUUAUAUCCCAGCUGCAUCUUUGUUCAGAAGCUAACUUCAGUUAACAGUUUGGAAGCUACCUCCCAGCCUUUCUUUUCUUCUUCAGUAACAAAUUUCACACGUUCAUCGCUUCCAAGUUUGGAAAAUAGUGGCUAUUUCAGUGGCUCUUAUUCAAGCUUUCCAUCAAGUCCUGUAAACUUCAGAGCAAAUCAAGAUUUUUCUGCCUUGAGGACAAGUCCUUACAACUGUGCAAUGAGUAAUGAAAAAGCCAGAUUACUAACUUAUCAGAUGUGGCCAUUGACUUUUCUGUUACCAACAGAUCUGGCCAAAGCAGGCUUUUACUACAUAGGACCUGGGGACAGAGUAGCUUGCUUUGCAUGUGGUGGAAAACUGAGCAAUUGGGAACCUAAAGAUGAUGCGAUGUCAGAACACCAGAGACAUUUUCCCAACUGCCCUUUUGUAGAAAACCAGCUUCAAAAUACUUCCAGAUACACUGUUUCUAAUUUAAGUAUGCAGACCCAGGCAGCCCGCUUGAAAACCUUCUUUAACUGGCCUUCAAGGGUUCUAGUUCAUCCUGAACAGCUUGCAAGUGCAGGUUUUUAUUAUGUGGGUCAUAGCGAUGAUGUCAAGUGCUUUUGCUGUGAUGGUGGACUGAGGUGUUGGGAAUUCGGAGAUGAUCCGUGGGUAGAACAUGCCAAGUGGUUUCCAAGGUGUGAGUAUUUGAUAAGAAUUAAAGGACAAGAAUUCAUCAGUCAAGUUCAAGCCAGUUACCCUCAUCUGCUUGAACAGCUAUUGUCCACAUCAGACACCCCAGAAGAUGAAUAUGCAGAGUCGUCAAUCGUUCAUUUUGGACCUGGAGAGAACCAGUCAGAAGAUGCAGUCAUGAUGAACACACCUGUGGUCAAAGCUGCUUUGGAAAUGGGCUUUAGUAGACGCCUGGUAAAACAGACAGUUCAGAGUAAAAUCCUAAGCACUGGAGACAAUUAUAACACCAUCAGCAAUCUCGUGUUAGAUUUACUUAAUGCAGAGGAUGAAAUAAGGGAAGAGGCAAAAGAAAGAGCGAAUGAGGGAAAAGAAUCAGAAGAUCUAUCAUUAAUCCGGAAGAAUAGAAUGAUACUUUUUCAACAUUUGACUUGUGUAAUUCCAAUCUUGAACAGUCUGCUAAUUGCGAGAGUGAUUAAUGAACAAGAACAUGAUGUUAUCAAACAGAAAACACAGACAUCUUUACAAGCAAGAGAACUCAUUGAUACUAUUUUAGCAAAAGGAAAUAUUGCUGCCACCAUAUUCAAAAACUCUUUACAAGAUAUGGACCCAAAGUUAUACAAGCAUUUAUUUGUGCAACAAGACAUAAAAUAUCUUCUCACAGAAGAUAUAUCAGAUCUACCAAUGGAAGAACAGUUGAGGAGACUACAAGAAGAAAGAACAUGUAAAGAAAAUGAUGAGCAAGAGAAAGGUCAGGAGAAGUUCAAGAACUGCUACAGAGCCCUUCAUUUUGGCUAUUGUUUGCUGAGUCCCAAAAGCUACAAUGUUCUUUUAUUUACUCUUUAUUUGGCAAAUUCCUUCAUACUCCUCAGCCCGUUAAUUUUUCAGAGUGCUUCUGUGACUCUUCUCUUUGAAGUUAUAUCCCUCUAAUUGUCCUGUAAUGAACACUUUUUUCAUGGCAUUUAUCACAAUUUAUAUUUACACAUUUGUUUGUUUAGUGCCAUAUUCUGUUGUCAAAUAGAAUUUCCACUAGCAUGAGAACCACAUUUUGUUUAUUCCCAUGUAUCUAGCACCUAGCACAGGGACUGACAGAAGAGGCUCUUAUUGAGUAAAUAAAUGAGUAGCUUCCUGUGCGUGGAGGUGAGCUGUGAGGUGGGAUUUCUUCCUCCUCCAACACCAUUGCUGAUAAAAUACUAAGGCAUAAUCAUUGAAAAAGUGAGAUUCAUGGCCCAAAUUCUGUGCUCCUUUAGCUAUUAAAAUGCACCUUUAGGCCGGUUAUGGUGGCGCAUGCCUGUAAUCCCAGCACUCUGGAGGCUGAGGCAGGAGGAUCACUGUGA